GUUUCCUCAAGUACUUUUCAGUCUGAUGCAACUAAUUCUACAGAAGCAUGUCAGAAGUCGUCAUUGUUUCAGUUUGCAGAGAUCUCUUCAAGCACAUCGCAGCCUGGAGUCCCGAGAGCUGUAAAACAAACGGAGGAGUCUGCGUUGUUUCAGUUCGCUGAGAUCUCAUCAAAUACUUCCCAGUUGUCAAGCCCUGAGCCAGUAAAGCUCUGUGGGAAGUCGGCACUUUUCCAGUUGGCAGAGAUUUCUUCAAGUACAUCCCAUUCAGGUCCUUCUGAUUUAACAAAGCAGUGUGGAACAUCAGCAUUAUUUCAGCUGGCUGAGAUGUGCCUUGCGUCAGAAGGAGUAAAAGUCAAAGAACCUGGGAAAACAAAAGUGGAAGCAUCAGAAGAUCUGGGAGGGGAAGUUCCAGAGGAAGUGGAAGCAGAAGAACUGGAGAAAACAGUAAAAGACUCCUCCUGUAAAGGAAAAGUAGAACAAUCAGAGAUAGAGAAAAUGCAAAACUGGGAUAAGACAAAAGCUGAGGAAUCAGAAACUGCACAAUGCAGAGAUUUUACUAGUCUUGCAAUGGAGAACAGACCUUUUGAGAGCAAUGAUAACGCAAAGGAUCACAUGUGCUGUUCUCCAGAGCUUUUAAUGGCUGACCUGAAUAUCCCUGGGCUAAAACCAGAAAAGAUAAAGAAGAAAAAGAAAAAAAAUAAGUUAGACCGGCACACAAACGAAAAAUCCACCCCCAAGAAACCUUGUAAAAAGAGGCAGUCCUCUGAGUCGGACAUUGAGAGUGUAAUGUACACAAUUGAAGCUGUUGCAAAGGGGGACUGGGGUGCCGAGAGACUCACAGAAACUCCCCGCAAAAAACCCCGCCCUGUCUCAAAUGUGAAGGGAAGCGUGUUGGAUACAAAAUCACCAAAGAAAAAAGUAAAAUCGAAAGAGAAGAAGACAUCAAAGGAGAAACCCACGGAGACUGCCAAAGAAUCAAAGCCUCCCGAUUUCCUUAGUAUUGCUGCCAGCAAGGAAGUACCGUGUGAGGCUCCUGAUAGCAUUAAAGUGGAACCACUGACCCCAACAGAGGAGGUGGUACCCCAAAGCUUACCAGGACAGGUCAAAACUGAGGACAAUGACUGUGUUAAAAAAAUAGAAACCUGUGGCUCCAGGAAAUCAGAGCGAUCUUGCAAAGGUGCUCUAUAUAAAACUCUGGUCUCAGAGGGCAUGCUCACAUCUCUGCGUGCUAAUGUGGACAGAGGUAAAAGAAGCUCAGGAAAAGGCAACUCGUCAGAUCAUGAAGGAUGCUGGAAUGAAGACAACUGGGCUUUUUUGCAAAGUGGAACAAGUGGGAACAAAAAACUGAAAAGGCCUAAGCCAAAGGAAGAGUUUGUUUUCGGCUUAGCAAAGUUGGAAGAGGAAUUUGAAAAGAAAUUCAACAGCCUCCCUCAGUACAGGCCUGUUACCUUUGACAGGAAAAAUUCAGCUGUUCCAAGGAAAAAGAGAAAGGUUGGAAGCGGCUCAUCUGAACAACCAAAAUCCAACAAAGGUUCAUUCCAGUCUCAGAAAAAGAACUCAUUCCACAAAAUUGUCAGCAAAUAUAAGCACAGAAAGGAGAAGCUUAUUGUUCCGGACACAGCCAUACUCUCAGAAGACAGAAAUUCCAGUGAGUCUAUCUGGAAGAAUAAAAUUUCUGUAUCUGCCCUAAACACUCCAGAGCCAGCAAUGAUGCAUGAACCUUUAGUUGGCAGCCAGAAAAGGAAAGCAAGGAAAACUAAGAUCACACAUCUUGUCCGAACAGCAGAUGGUCGAGUGUCGCCAGCAGGAGGGACACUGGAAGAGAAGCCAAAAGAGCUGCCACAAAGUACUCUUCAAAAAACAUCAAGUGCAGAAACAGAUUGCAACAGUGAAUGCUCCAGAAAUGCAGAGACAGAAGAAAAUCAUAGUAUUACAUCAGAUAUGCCAGCGGUAUCUGCAUUUUUUAGCUUAGCUGCUCUGGCAGAAGUAGCAGCCAUGGAAAAUGUACACAGAAGUCAGAGGGCCACGCCUCUCCCACAUGACGGACAGCCAAAUGAAAUGUCUCAGGCUCCAGUGCUUAUUUCCUGCGCUGACCAGUGAAGCUCCACUUUAUUGUAAAACAUUGUGCUUUACCUAAUAUCCUAGCCUUGUCUUUACCAAGGGAAGCUAGUCAGUCCAUACGAUGGAAACUAUAGACUGCAAGCAAGUGCUUAUUGCUCUGAGUGGCCCAGAAUUCACUGGAAGCCAGACGUUAGCAACUUGGGCCAGGUCCUCAAAUCGGAACCCAGUAUGUAGGCGGGUGAUAUUAAAUGUUUAUAAAUGAACAGAAAUGGAAUGAUCUCGAGCUUGCUUUCUAUUGAAGGCUUUUAAACAGUAAAUAGGUGGUUGGUGUGAAAAAGGCUGCCUUUACUGUUAGCUCACACAGCAUCUCUUUUACCAACCAGAGAGUACAGCAACUAGUUUCGUAUAAUACCUAGUUAUUCUAAAUGAAAAUAAAAAAAAAAGACAAA